GUAAAGUCCUCCUUGGCCCUGGUAAAGUCAUUCUCUUCUCCUCAGAAGCUCCUCAAACCUGUGUCCCAAGGAUGAGGGCCCAGGAGGAUCCCGAGAGUCAGACACAGCAUCAGUCCUUGGGUUCAGCAGGGACUUCCGCCAGGAACCCACAAACGUCCCUGACCCUGCCCGCUGAGCCCAAAUUUGACAUGUUGUACAAGAUCGAGGAUGUGCCGCCAUGGUACCUGUGCAUCCUGCUGGGCUUCCAGCAUUAUCUGACAUGCUUCAGUGGCACCAUCGCUGUGCCCUUCCUCCUGGCUGAGGCGCUUUGUGUGGGCCGCGAUCAGCACAUGGUCAGCCAGCUUAUUGGCACCAUCUUCACCUGUGUGGGUAUCACCACUCUCAUCCAGACCACAGUGGGCAUACGGCUGCCACUGUUCCAGGCUAGUGCCUUUGCCUUUUUGGUUCCAGCCAAAGCUAUCCUGGCCCUGGACAGGUGGAAAUGCCCCCCAGAAGACGAGGUCUAUGGUAAUUGGAGUCUGCCCCUGAACACCUCUCAUAUCUGGCAUCCUCGGAUUCGAGAGAUCCAGGGUGCAAUCAUGGUGUCCAGCAUGGUGGAGGUGGUAAUUGGACUGAUGGGGUUGCCUGGGGCUCUGCUCAGCUACAUUGGACCUCUCACUGUCACCCCCACUGUCUCCCUCAUUGGCCUCUCUGUUUUCCAAGCUGCUGGCGACCGAGCUGGUUCCCACUGGGGAAUCUCAGCUUGCUCCAUUCUCCUGAUCAUCCUCUUCUCCCAGUACCUGCGCAACCUCACCUUCUUGCUGCCCAUUUACCGAUGGGGCAAGGGCCUCACUCUCUUCCGCAUGCAGAUCUUCAAGAUGUUUCCGAUCGUGCUGGCCAUCAUGACUGUGUGGCUGCUCUGCUAUGUGCUGACCCUGACAGACGUGCUGCCUGCAGACCCCACAGCCUACGGCUUCCAGGCUCGGACUGAUGCACGUGGAGACAUCAUGGCUCUCUCUCCCUGGAUGCGCAUCCCCUACCCCUGUCAGUGGGGUCUGCCCACAGUGACUGUGGCGGCAGUCCUGGGAAUGUUCAGUGCCACGCUGGCUGGCAUUAUAGAGUCAAUUGGUGACUACUACGCUUGUGCCCGCCUGGCUGGUGCACCACCCCCUCCAGUACAUGCUAUCAAUAGGGGCAUCUUCACUGAAGGCAUCUGCUGCAUUAUUGCAGGGCUGCUGGGCACAGGAAAUGGGUCCACCUCAUCCAGUCCCAACAUUGGCGUCCUAGGGAUUACCAAGGUGGGCAGCCGUCGUGUGGUCCAGUAUGGUGCAGGGAUCAUGCUGGUCCUGGGUACCAUUGGCAAGGUGACUGCUCUAUUUGCCUCACUUCCAGACCCCAUCCUGGGAGGGAUGUUCUGUACCCUCUUUGGCAUGAUCACUGCUGUGGGACUAUCAAACCUGCAGUUCGUGGACAUGAACUCCUCCCGCAACCUCUUUGUGCUGGGAUUUUCCAUGUUCUUUGGACUCACACUGCCUAAUUACUUGGAUUCCAACCCAGGUGCCAUCAACACAGGCAUUCCUGAAGUGGACCAGAUUCUGACUGUGCUGCUGACGACCGAGAUGUUCGUGGGCGGGUGCCUUGCUUUCAUACUGGACAAUACAGUGCCAGGAAGCCCAGAGGAAAGAGGCCUGGUACAGUGGAAAGCUGGGGCCCAUGCCAACAGUGAGACGUCUGCUAGCCUGAAGAGCUAUGAUUUCCCCUUUGGGAUGGGCGUGCUAAAAAGGAUUCCCUUUCUGAGAUACAUUCCUAUCUGCCCAGUCUUCAGAGGAUUUUCUACAAGAUCAAAAAAUCAGCCUGCAGUUCCAGAAAACACUCCACAAACUACAGAAACCGGAUCUAUGUGCACCAAGGUCUAAAAAAUUACUCUAGAGAAAGGAGGCACUGUAUAUAACAGGAAAAUCACAUGGAGAGCCAGAACACCAAAGAUGCAAAUGCCAGCUCUUCCUACUCCAUAAGACUGGAUAAAUCACCCUCUCAGCCUCCAUUCUCACAUCAGUUUUAAAAAAGGGAAGAACGGAAUGAAGUUUCUAAGCACUGUAGAGACUUGUACCAAUGAUUCUAUGUUUCUAUACGUUUACUUUCAUAAGCAUGUAUAUUGAUAUACGGGAAGAAUACCUAGAGAUUUUCCUCUAUCAUAUUUUGGGUUACAAGUUGAUAAAAAGAUACCAAUACAGAUUAUAGAGUUUAAAUGCUGGUAUACAAGGCUGGAGAUGUGGCUGUACAGUUAAAGGAGCUUGCUUGCAAAGCCUGACAGCCCGGGUUCAACUUCCCAGUAUCCACUUAUAAGCCAGAUGCACAAAGUGGUGCAUACAUCUGGUGUUCAUUUGCAGUGGCAAGAGGCCCUAGUGCACCCAUCACUCCUCUCUCCCCCUUUCUGUUGGCAAAUAAAAAUAUUUUAAAUGUAGGUAUACAAGGAAGUUUUAACACUGAAAUUGAUCCCAAUACCAAUUACUUUACUUUGAGACCAAAACAUAGUAUUAUAACAUAUUGGAGCAAUUAAUUUAUUUCAUAAUUUAUAUAGAAAAAUAUACUUGGCUGGGCGUGGUGGUACACGCCUUUAAUUCCAGCACUCAGGAGGCAAAGACUGGAGGAUCGCCAUGAGUCU